UCGAGACCCUUCUUCAGACUGGGAAAGGAGAGAUAUAGCUGGUGAGUGGAGUGGGGGUAUUUCUACGUGGUCCCUUCUGUGGCUGACUAGUCGAAGACAUGGGGAGAGAGGAAAACUGGAGACUUGCAACAUCAUCGUGUGAGACAUUCUGAGACAGGGGGGGAGCUUUUCCAAACUGAAAGCAAGGGGAGUAGGUCUUGCCAGGAGGCUCUGCUCUGCUCGGCUCUGGCCACGGGGGGGAGAAUGCUGUAACAUUGAUUCCCAUCUCCUGGGCUGGUUACUCUGUUGCAUUUUUGUAGUCGCUACCCCUUGAACCGGAACUCCUCGACUCGAUUGGUUACACUGCACUGCUGUUACACUGUGUCUGCCUUCGGAAGAUAAGUCACCAUUUCAGACACCAGCUUCCCAGGGAUGUCAAAGGCUCCAGCUGAAAAUCGUAGGGUUUAUUUUUAAAAGGGAAAAAAAACCCAAAAAAACCCCAAAACGCUUCAAUCGAAGGAUGCUGCUUAUUGGCAGAUGACUUUUGAUGGGCAUAUUUUGUUAUAUUUUUUUGGAGGAAAAAAAAUGACUUGGCUGUGGGAAAUGUGGAUGGAGAGGGAGACGAGAGGCUAGACUCCUUCGGGGUCAGUCAGUCUGAUAAGAGCGAAGGGAGAGAUCGCACCGGCUUCUUUCAGAUGGAUGUGCAGUGCUGGCUGCGGCCGGACGAGGGUGUAUCUCAGAUCGGACACUGAUUUUUUUUCCCCUCUCUCUUCCCCACACCCACCCUUCCUCGUCCCCCUUGAAUUUUGAUUUUUGUUGUGUGUGUGUGUGUGUGGUGGGAGAGGCAAAGGCAAACCCAUUGCACCCCCCCUUGUUGGUUGGGUGCGAGAGCUUCAUUCAAGCCGAAGGGAGGGAGAGGGAGGGAGGAUUGAUUUAAGCAGCAGGGAAGAUGGGGAACACCACUUCUUGCUGCGUCUCGUCCAGCCCCAAGCUGCGGAGGAACCACGCUCGGCUGGAGACCUACCGCACCGACACCGACAUCAGCCGGGAGGACACGGGCUGCAACUUGCAACACAUCAGCGACCGGGAGGCGGUGGACGAUCUAAACAUGGAAUUCAACCCAUCAGACCACCCUCGUGCCAGUACCAUGUUUUUAAGCAAGUCGCAAACAGAUGUGAGAGAGAAACGGAAAAGCCUCUAUGUAAAUCAUCAGCCUCCAGGGCAGAUGAGGAGGAAAUACAGCUCCUGCUCCACCAUAUUCCUGGAUGACAGCACAGUCAGCCAGCCAAAUCUCAAAUAUACCAUCAAAUGUGUAGCUCUUGCAAUAUAUUACCACAUCAGGAACAGAGAUUCAGAUGGAAGAAUGUUGUUAGAUAUAUUUGAUGAGAAGCUCCACCCAUUGUCGAAAACAGAAAUGCCAGCAGAUUAUGACCGACAUGAUCCAGAGCAGAAACAGAUAUACCGUUUUGUGCGAACGUUAUUCAGUGCAGCUCAGCUCACUGCAGAAUGUGCUAUUGUAACUUUGGUGUAUCUCGAGCGGCUCUUAACAUACGCAGAGAUUGAUAUUUGCCCCAGUAACUGGAAACGGAUUGUAUUGGGGGCCAUCCUACUUGCAUCCAAGGUAUGGGACGAUCAAGCUGUUUGGAAUGUGGACUACUGCCAAAUCCUUAAAGAUAUCACAGUGGAAGACAUGAAUGAGUUGGAACGGCAGUUCCUGGAGCUGCUGCAGUUCAACAUCAAUGUGCCCUCCAGUGUUUACGCAAAGUAUUACUUUGACCUACGGUCCUUGGCAGAAGCCAACAAUCUGAGUUUCCCACUGGAACGACUCAGCAGAGAGAGAGCGCAGAAACUGGAGGCACUCUCCCGGCUAUGUGAGGACAAGUACAAGGACUUGAGGAAAAAUGCACGGAAGCGCUCGGCCAGCGCGGACAAUCUGACUGUUGUCCGAUGGUGCCCGGCCAUUAUUCCUUAACGCUGGGCAGCUUUGCUUGAAGACACAUGCUAUCAUCCAUCCAGUUUUUGUCUGGGGGAAGAAAAGAAAAAAAAAUGACGAGACUUCAUUAGACUUUGGCUAGAUGCCUUCACAGUGCCUCCAUCUUCUGUAGCACAGGAAAAUGGAAACAUCUCAAUUGAGAGAACAAAACUGAAUCAAUGAGAAAGGACUUUCAUUUCUAGCAUCUUCACUGCCUCCGAACCGCACCACCACUCCCCCCGCAAUAGGGGCUUUAACACAAUGGGGGGGGGGGGGGCCCACAGCCGACAAAAAUGAAACGGGCGACACGAGAUUGCAGACGCUGGAAUCUGGAACGAGAGGAAAAAAACCAAACACCAAACAAAAGUUCUGGAGAAACUCGGGCGGCAUCUGUGGAGGAAAAUGACCAGACAACCGACCGCCUCGGUAACCCUUCCUCAAAUCGACGGGAAAGGCGAUCUGCAGAGUAAAAACCCACGAGGAGAAAUGUCAUUCUUGACUUUUGGCUUGUUUGUGGAUAAGAGGUUUGCUUUCAAAUACACAGCUGAAGCAGCUUG